AUGAAAGACAGCGAAGAAGAUGCAGACACAUUCGAAGAUGCCGCCGAAACAACAACAACAACAACAACAACGCCCAGACCUGCGGCUACCAGCGAACCAGAUGCCAAUGCAGGUGCAACCAAAGAAACAGCCACGGCCACGGCAACACAGAACGGACGCUCCAACACUUCUGGCGCAAACCAUGCAGGAACUGCGUCCGUCGAGAACAGUGAUCCGCAGAAGCAGACGUCCGCACAACACCAGGCACAGUCACAAGCAGACGCACAUUCGCGCACUUCCACCCUCGACAGAAAGCCAAGCCUUCCACCUUCCCGCGAGAGAAGCGUGUCUCCAAGCAAGGUGAAUUCAGGGCGUGCAUCGCCUGUCCGCACCAUGCGUGGCCUUUCUGGAGAUGUUACAGCUCCUGCCAUGCCGCCGCCCUCGACCACCGAACGCAGACACAAUUUGGAACAGCGAGAUUCAGCAACAUCACCGCCUCCACAGCCUGGCAACUUCGCGCGAAAAGCCUCGAGCGGCUUCGGAGCUCUUCUGGGCAGGAUGGGUAGUAUAAGAAAGCCUGCGAGAUCGCCUCCUGCUCCUCGGGGAGAGAGGCGGAAUACAGCUGCCUCAACAACGUCAGUCGAAAGCAAUGGCAUGUCGACCAUUCACGAUGCGGGAAAGCCAAGCUUGCAGGAUCAGUUCUCCAAUCUGCGAAGGCAAGAGGAAACCAGUGCAGGUGAAGCUAGUGGGCAUGUGAUACACGAAGAUGACGAGAAGACGCCAGUACAAGCCUCACCAGGCGAUGCAGCUUCACCUCCUGAUAGUCCGCAUCCAAACGCUCUCAAGUCGCCAACCCUGAACCCUAGCUUACCCCCUGGAACGGCGUCUGGCAUGUUGGUGGGACCGUCGCAAGAGCCACGCGAAGUCAAUUGGGAUCUUUGGCAACAGCUCGUGUACGAAGGCCCGAAGGCUGUCUCGAGGACAGGAGAAGGUGGGCUGAACGAGGCUGUGCAGGCUGGUAUCCCUCCUGCCAUAAGAGGUGUUGUUUGGCAGGUUCUGGCCGAGAGCAAGAAUGAAGAACUGGAGAACAUGUACAGAACGCUGAAGGCUAGAGGCACUGAAGCGGAACCCAAACCUGCACACUCGAGGUCUGGGUCAACUGUAGGCAUGAACGGCAGCACAACGGACAAGGACGAUGUCAAGUCGGACGCGUCCAGUGAUCAUUCGGUGCACUCAGCCAAUUCGGGUGUCGCAAGCCCUCCGACGUCCGUAGAAAGCGCGCCGGAAGCGAAGUCCAAUCUUCUCGCGGAGAAGCAGAAGAGGGAAGCAGCUGCGCUGCAGAAGCUCGAGAAAGCGAUCAAGCGUGACAUGGGCACUCGCACAUCAUACAGCAAGUACACGCAAUCCGCCGGCCUUCAAGAUGGGCUCUUUGGAGUGUGCAAGGUAUACGCGCUUUUCGAUGAAGGCGUGGGAUAUGCUCAAGGCAUCAAUUUCAUUGCAAUGCCACUGCUCUUCAACAUGAGCGAGGAAGAGGCCUUCACGUUGCUGUACCGGCUCAUGAGCAAGUACGACCUCCGAAGCAUGUUCACGCCCGACAUGCUCGGACUUCAUCUGCGACUAUAUCAAUUCGAGCGGCUGCUGGAAGAAAUGGAGCCUGCGAUCUACUGCCACCUUCGAAGACGACAUGUUGGGCCAGACCUCUACGCAACACAGUGGUUCCUCACUCUCUUCGCAUAUCGAUUCCCACUUCAGCUUGUGCUGAGAAUAUACGAUCUGAUCUUCAGCGAAGGCCUGACAGCCAUUCUCAAGUUCGGGAUUGUGCUGAUGCAACGAAACCGCGAUGCUCUUCUCAGUAUGAAGGAUAUGGGACAAUUGACAAAUUUCCUCAAGGAAAGGCUCUUCGACGUAUACAUUGACAAGUCACCAUCUGCCUCGUCGCUACUGGACUCAGGAUUCUUCGGGUCCGUCACAGGCGGUGCCGACAAAGAGCUCUAUAGAGCAGACGAGAUGGUUCGGGACGCGUGCACUGUGCAGAUCUCCGAAGAGCAGCUCAAAGCCUACACUGUCGAGUGGGAAGAGUUACAAAAAGAACAGCGUGAGCGUGAAGCAGAGAUACAGAAUUUGCGAGUAACGAACAUGUCGCUCACCAACAGAGUCAAGUUGUUGGAGGAUCGUGUGCAGCAGCAUGACUCGGAACAUGUGACUAUUGCACAAGACCUCGUCCGCAUCAAGGUUGAGAACGAUUCACUACAAGACACCAACGAGGCCCUGAAACUACAGGUCAUCGAACUCCAGAAGAUGGUCGAUGCUCAACCGGCUGAGGUGGAAGCCAAGCUGAAGAACGAGAUGGAGCGGAUUAUGCAACGGAAUAUCGAAGUGCAGAAUGAGAACCGUGCGUUGAGGGAAGAGCUCGAUGAGAUGGAGCAUGAGGUUGUGAAUGCCAAAAUGGGGCACGCACAAGUAAGUCGCAGUCCAUCUACAGUUUCUCUAUUCAUUUUGCUAACAACGCACGCCAUCAGACACAAACAGAGUACGACGCAUUAA